AUGGCCAAGAAUGAAGUGUACCAGAGUAUCCUGCCUCCAGGGCUGUCCAAGACCUAUCUGGGUAUCCAAACGGGCUUCUACGCUUUCGCACUCGUUUUGACCGCGUUCCGGCUGUGGAUCCGUCGCGGGAGGUACUGGUGGGAGGACGUGUUCGCAUUGCUUGCUGGGCUGUUUUGCGUGUUGUGCAUCGUAGGCAUGUGGCUCAUGUUCAUUCCCCAUGCACCCAUGGUCGACCGUGCAUUCCAAUGGCUCGGCGUGGUCACCUUCGCAAACGUCGUCUGGUUCACGCGCACGAGCAUCCUCAUUUCCAUUAUGCGCAUCUCGACCAGUGCCCGCUUCUCGCUCCUCAUCCGCGUGAGCCUCGCCCUCUUCCUCGUGUUGUGGGCCGUCGAGUUUUCAGCGAAGAUGUGGCUCUGCGGGAGCAACCUGACAUACGCGUGUCAGACGACGCAGGUGUAUGCGGAUGUGAUCAUAAGCAUGGAUGUAGCAAGCACAUUCGUUCUUGUUGCUCUUCCGCUUAUAAUGCUGUGGAACGUCAAGCUCGCACGCAUACCCAAGACGCUCAUUCUUCUUGUAUUCGGCGUGGGCGUUAUAACCGCUGCCACGCCACUUACGGGUAUCACAGGGCAUAUCCAGUGUGCCGCCGACCUUACCGUGUGCAACUUCCUUGUCACCGUCACGUUCGUCUACCGCGUCAUCGAAGCUCACAAAGCCCGCGAAAUACGGAGCGCGUACAUGACUGACAAGGCGUCCGCGGCCAACCGGCCCCACGUAACGAGUUUGGACUUUGCCACCGCCAUCAGAUACACGAACGACCUCGUCGAGGGGCUCGACAUGCUCACUACCGUUGACCUCGGCUCGGUGAACUUCGAUAAUGACUCGGGGCGUGAAAACGGUCAUGGGCGUUCGACGAUAGCUUGGGAUCCUGCAUGGGACAACAACGGUACACGGACGGGCCGGACGAGGGGAAGAAGCGGGACGGGGACGAUGCCUAGCAGUGAGGCUGCGAGUCGGGAUCCGCUGCGUUGCUGA